AUGGGCCCAAACGGAGAGGGCAACGACGACAAGGCGGCACAGGCGCCGGCAACUGGUCACGAAAGGGCCUUGCCGGAUCCUGCUGCGGUCUUCAUUCCUCCCGCUCACGCAAGGAGAGCGGACUCUGGAGCGCUGGCCAAUAUUCUCGAAAUGCUGUCCGUAAUGGAUGCAAGGAUGCAGAAGAUGAAAGCCUCUUAA